CUCCGCUCCACUUCUCUGGCCGCAGCUGCCCCGCCCGCUGCUCCCUUCUCUCCUGGCCGGAUCCCCUCAGACUCCCCAGCUGCGCUCUUUCCUCUCUUGGACCCCGUCUCUUUCUCUCUCCAAACCCGAGUCCUGACCUUCCCACCCCCUCAACUCCCAGAAGCCUCUCCCCAGCCUAGAACUGUCCUUGCCAUCCCACUGACCCUCAGCACCCUCACCUCCAGCAGCCUCUCUCCAUCCCACACUCUCGCCUCAGCAGCUCCACUGUCCCCCCGCUCCCUUCUCAUCUUCCCCUCCCCAGCCUCCAGCCCCCGCCCAAAACCUUCCACCUUCUGCUCCGCUGUCCCCUGGCACUCUAAACCCUCCCUCCAGUCUGGAGCCUGCCCCCGCUGCCCCCUUGGCACCCUAGGGCACUACUCUCCACUCAAUCCUCCCCCCACCCCACCCUCCGCUCCACCCUGGAACCCUAGGACACUCCCAUCUGCUUAAGGGUCUGAUUCGACUGCCCCAUUCUCUCUCCGCUCCCCUCCUGGUUUAAACCACUUCCUACCUUGACCCCAAUCGCCGCCCAGGCCCCAUCCAACUCUCUUGCCCUUCCAAUCCCAGCGCCCCCCGCCCUAUCCUUUACCUUUUCUCCCUUCCCCAGCCUCUCCACCUCCCACCCCCAAUUCUGCUUCUCAGUUCCGUGCCCCUCCCCUGGCGCCGACCAUGCCCUGGGCAUCCAGCGGGCCUGCCCUGUCCGUCUUAGUGCUCCUGGGAAUCCUGGCUGCUGUCAUGUCUCUCCUCUCGUCGCAGCUCCUCUUCCAGCUCCAGGCAGGUCGCGCAGAGCUGUGGGGCCGGAACCUGGGCAUGGAGGGGGCGGCCGAGGGGGCCACCGGGGUGCUGCUGCCCUUGGCCUCGGCGCUGAGUGCGCUUUGCCUGGCGCUUAACCUCUGCGCGCUCUUCUUUUGCCUCCUGCUGUGCCAUCUCAGCGCCGAGCUGGCACGGACCGGUCCGGACAGGGCUGACUGGUUCCUGUCAGAUAGCCGCUGUCUCCGACAUGUCUCCAUUGGCUUCUUCUGCUGUGGAGUAUCUGUGUACUUAGCAGCUCUGUCCAUCUACAUGCUGCUGCUGUUUGAAAUGGAAACGGGCAUCAUUGGCGCUUGCAUCCUUUCUUCUGGGAUAAUGGUCCUGUUAAUCACCCUCACCCACGUCCUGCUCAGGGCAUCGAAGGCCUCCCACCGACGCCUGCCCGAGCCGGCCCACACGCUCUAUGAGAACAACUCAGCCCGCCCCACCAGGGACUUGUACAAGCAGGCCCCCGGCGGCAGAGCACGGCCGGACAUCCACCGGGAGUUCUCCUACCCUCCUUUCCUGGAGGCUCGCCCUCACCUGGCCUCCUCCUCACUGCCCACUGGGAACCCUGCGCCUGUGGAGGAGGGCAGCUGCGCGGCCCCCAGGAUGCACCGGACGCUUUCGGCAGAGUCGGGGUGCUGGGGGGCCCGGGCCAGGCCUUGGAACGGGGUGGCUCAGGAGAUGAGGGGAGUGCUGAGUCGAAAGACCGGCAGCUCUGGGAAAGACUCUACUCUGGUGUGAACAUUCUACUGGGGAGAGGGAGGAACCUGAGGGCGGACCAGUCCAGGGCUUCAAGAGACUCCAUGUGGACUGGUGUCUGGCUAAAGGUCCACCCUGGCUCCUGGGAGCCCUCGGGGUCUCCUAGAAUCUUAGGGUUUAGAA